AUGGAGAAAUCACCACCCGCAGAGCAUCACGAGGGUACAUUACCAGAGGAGAAAACCGUCAUCGAAUCCCCAUCGAGUGACGAAGGUGUCUCCUAUGGCGGUGCCGCCGCCGUCGACCACAUCGAGUAUGAAAAACGCAACCGGCGCCUGAACCGGCGGCUCGACGUACGCAUCCUCCCGCUCUGCUGCUGGAUCUACCUGCUCAACUUCCUCGACCGGGGCAACAUUGGCAACUCCAAAGUGCUCAACUCGGAGACGGGCGACGACCUGCUGCAGCAGACGCACAUGACCGCCAACGGCUACGCCGUCACCGUCUCGCUCUUCUCCCUCGCGUACACCAUCUUCGAGGUGCCCAGCAACUAUGUCAUGAAGCACUGGGUCCGCCCGUCGCUGUGGCUGGGGUUCCUAUUGUUCGCGUGGGGCGCCUUGACGAUCGGGUUUGCCGGCGUGCACAACUAUGCCACGGUCGUGGUGUUGAGGUUUUUGAUUGGUGCUUUUGAAGCUGGUUUCUUCCCAGGCAUCGUCUACUUCAUCACGAUCUGGUACCGGUUCAACGAGCGCGCCGUCCGCAUCGCCUGCGUCGUCGCCUUCUGCAACCUGGCGGGCGCCUUUGGCGGCGCCAUCGCCUACGGCGUGGGCCACAUCAACGGCACCGCCGGCCUCCAGGGGUUCCGGUGGCUCUUCAUCAUCGAGGGCAUCAUCACGCUGGUCUCGGCGUCGUUUCUCUUCCUGCUCCCGGACUAUCCCGCGCGGGCCAAGUUCCUGAACGAGUCCGACAGGCGGUUCGCCGAGGAUCGGUUGAAGGAACGAGGCGGCGGCUAUCUCAGGAGCCAUGCCUCGAGGAGGGAGGUUCUCGAGACGUUUUUCAGUCCGAGGAUGUUGGCGCAUUAUAUCGCAUACAUUGCCGACGUUGUCCCGCAAGGAUCAUUCACCUUCUUCACCCCAACAAUCGUGACCGGGUUGGGAUACAAGUCGAUCCACGCACAGCUCCUGACCGUGCCGCCGUGGUGCGUGGGCUUCGUCGUGGCCAUCACCCUGUCGUACUCGGCGGACCACUUCAACGCACGCGGGUGGCACAUCACAUUGGCCUCGCUGGUCGGGGCCGUGGGCUGGCUCGCCGCGGGCCUGCUGCCGCACGACGCCUACACGGCGCGGUACGGGUGUCUGUGUCUGGCCGCGUGCGGGGCGUUUCCCGUCGCUCCCUCGAUGGCCAACUGGGUCGCCUGCAACACGCCCUCCUUGCUGACCAUCCCCUUCGCCAUCGCCCUCAACAACAGCUCCGCGGGCAUAGGCCAGAUCAUCGCCCAGUGGAUCUGGAAGGCCGACGAGGCGGACAGAGGGUACCCCACGGGCAAUUUCACCUGCGCGGCCUGCGGAUUCUUCGUCGCCGCCAUCACUGCCGGCCUGAGGCUGUGGUAUGGUCGCAUGAACAGGAACGGGGUCAGGGAUGCUAGUGGGGCAGAGAGGGUCUGGGCUCUAUGA